GUUCGGAUUGAGUCGGACACCAAGAGUCGGACGAAUCGGACGAAGGGUAGGACCUCAACUAUGUCACCACUGUGUUACCUAGUUGAGGAUGAGAGUAUCAGUGAAGCUGCUGUGGAACACAUUCUGUCAACGGAGGCAGGAGAAUUGCAGCACAGUGGAGAGCAGCCCCUGCUCCAGUUCAGGUUCUCCACAUGUCCCACCAGCAGUUUUCCGACGGUCAUGGAGAGAGCUCUGCAGAUUUGCCGUCAGCACGGAUCGUUUGCUAAGUGGAAUGUGCUCCAUAUUAGUGAGGCAGACUCGCUCAGGACAAUACAGCUCUGCAUCGGCGAACGGAUGAAGCAGGAGUGCGGCGAGUUCUGCGCCCAGGCCAGCGACGUGCUGGCCGUCCACCAGCGGCUCAACAACAACGCCAUCUACGACGGCUCCGACUCGGCCGAGCCCUCCGGCGGCGACCCCGACUCGGCCGAGCCCUCCGGCGGCGACCCCGACUCGGCCGCCUACGCGCGCUACCUGGCCGCCAGUCACCUGGUGGACGGACCGGCGGUGGUGCGCGCGUUGCGCCGACUCCGCGCCGCGGCGGACGGUGUGCCCGACUGGCAGCGGCCGGCGGUGGUGCUCGGCCGUCCGCCCAGCCUGCUGGAGCGCGCCCUGGCCGCCCUGCUGACUGGUGAGGAGCCGGUGGCCGUCCGGCCGGUGACGGGAGGGGAGGAAUCGACAGCCGGGCCGGAGGAGGAGGGUGGAGAGAGCCGAGAGCCGGCGGAGGGGGAGCCGAGCGCAGCCGGGCGGACUGGGCAGCUGGAGCUGGUGCGGACCGUGUGGCACUGUGUGGACGUGCAGCCGGCGCGGCAGGAGCAGGAGCCGGCCUCGGCUACCGACGGCCACGUCAGGAACAUGAUCGGCGCCAUGUUCCGCCUGCUGAUCAACUCUCGGGACGAGCUGGCUCUGGCGGCCGUCUGCCAGGCUCCGGGGCUCGAGCUGGCCGCGCCCGACUUCCUGGCCAUCCGACGCACGGCGCGGCACAGGGCGCUGCCCAUGUAUCAGACGGUGGUGUCUCACGUGCGUCGUGUGGAGCUGGGCGGCGCCAACUACCAGCCGCCGGCCGACUGUCCUCUGCACGGCUGCACACCGCCUCUGAAGGCGCUCGUGCGGCUCGUACACAAACUGCACGACCUGCUGGAGGAGGAGGCCGACCCGAGUAAGUGCUGCCAGCGUCUGCUCUCCGCCAUGAAGGGUUGCGUGUCCCGCGGCGCGCGCCUCAGACAGUCUGCCGUGGACCGGGCGGCCGCUGAACUGAAGGAGCUGGUCGGACGGCUGGCCGCGGACGGCAGCGGCGACACGGACACCGCCGUGGUCGGAGGACCGGCCGUGCAGCUGGUGCGCCGGCUGUGUGACCGUCUGUCGUGCGCCGCUCCCCCCGUCACCGACUACCUCAGCGUUCUGGAGGACGGUGUCACCAGUCCGGGUACCCCCGGACGGCGGCCCGCCGCACUGCCCUCAGUCGUGUCCCUCUUCAGGACUCCGCCGGAGGUGGACGGGGAUGAGAGUAAUGACGGCGUCGGCCUCUCGCUCGAGGAGCGACUCAGAAGGAAGGGCAUCUCGCGCACCGGCGAGACGCCCACCUCCACCAAACGGUUCGGCGCCUCGCUGGGCUGGCUGGCGGCGGAGGACCGGCCGGCCGGAGGCGGCGGCUCGCCCCUGGAGCCCACCCCGCCCCUGGUGGCCGGGCCCACCCUGGUCUGCUCUCGGUCGGGCACCAAGUACGCCGAGGGAGAGGGGGUGCGCGCGCUCCGGGAGCUGCAGGCCGCCGACCGGGCCAGGCAGAAGGAAAGUGAGAUUAUGUCUCCGAAGACCUCUAGGGCUCCGAAGAAGCCCAAGCGCUCCCUCUUUGACUCGGCACAAAACGCUAAGACCAGCGGGCCGAAAACCAAGGCGAGCGACGCGUCUAAGACAAAGAGCGACGCAACCAAAGCAACUGCGAGGAAGAGGAAGACUGAAGCAGCCCAGGACCAAGAAAAUGCGCCUUCCAAAUCAGCGUCUGAUCAGCCACUAGCAGCCAAAACGCUGAUCCUUGAAGAUGACAGUAAAAACACCAAGCCAGCGGCAAAGAAGCGGAAAACUGAGGCCGCGCUGGAUCAGGAGAAUGUCUCCGUUUCGUCUGACGUCACCAAACCAAAGUCUCAGCACCCGGCCCCGGGACGCAAGGCGUCAGCUAUAGCAGAGAAGAAGGCUAAGGGGAAGCAGAUCAAACAGGUUCAGGGCCAGAAGAGCAUUAGGGAUUUCUUCAGGAUAUGAUGCGAUGUUUGCUCAGCGUUGGACGCGGAACAUAGGACCAAAGUAAUUUGUGCGGUAGUGCUUAGUUAGAAAGUGACUUGUUAGGUAAGCUUUAUGUUGCUUGUAGCCUGUAGGACAUGUCGUGUGUCGAUUUGAGCGAUAAUUGCUCGGGUUCGUAAUCGUAUCAGCGGCCGAUCCCGGACCAUACAAUCCGACUCGUGGGCUAUGCACAAAAUCUGACCAACGAUGUUUACUGAUUGCCCUGCGUUUUAUGAAUGAAUUGGACUUGGUGCAGGACGUGAGUACGUCAGGGUGCAUUAUUGACUUUGAUUGCGUGAUUGAUCGAUGUCGAUAAGUUAAUUUGAGCGUGAACUUCAUUGAACCAACGAUUGCUGUUUUGAACUUUGAUGACAGCAUUCAUGAAAUGGUGGACUGGCAUACUUGUUCAACGAAUUUUAGUAUAGGUUGCGGUGUUCCUAGGAUAUGGAGGUUAUGGAACCUGCCGUGGUUGCGAUUCGUCUGGCUUUUGCCAAGACUGUGGUUGCAGCUGCAUUUUCAGGUUGCAUUUCAAGGUUAGCUGGCGACUGGAGCCUGACAUUUAGCUAGCUUUUGUGUAAUUUAAUCAUUGAUGUAAAACAUUACUGCAGACAUUUAUACGGCAUCACCAUCAUCCCGCCUCGUUUUGGUAAUAAACUGCACCGAUAUUAA